AUGACAGUCAAAUCGCCUUGGCAGCAAGCUUGGUUUUGGCCUGCCCGUUGCUUCCGGGUUGUGGUGUUUGCACUUGUCUUGUUGGUGACGAUUCAUGUCAGCCCGGUCGACGCGCUGUGCACGCCUGCAGCUGUGGGAUGCGUCUGCCAAACGCCGCAGAUGACAUGCAGCGCCUAUCAGAACCUGGAAGCGCGCAUCUUCAACAUGUCACAGAUGGAAUUUGGUGACAAGCGCAUCGCCAGUGGGCCACUCAAGCUUCUUUUUCAUGAUGCGGCCGAGCAUGAUCAACACGCGGAGGACCCGCUGGGCGUGGACGGCUGCCUCAAUUGGGAGGAUCCCAUGAACGCGGAAAUGGUCGACACCUACCAGGAUGAAGAUAUCUUUGCCCUUGUUGACGACCUUUGGCUCAGCUACUGUUCUGAAAUCUCCCGCGCCGACUUUAUCGUCAUGCUCGCGGCAGCUACCCUCCGCGCCUAUGCAGGCGAUAUUCUCUAUAAUUACAAGUUCCCCUUUGCCCCCUAUCUGGGGCGGACGGACCGCGUCACUUGCACCUAUCGUGACUAUGACCGCCUCGGCCUCUCGCGCCUGCCACGCCUCUCUCUUAAUGUUUCGCAGUCGGAAGUCGACCGCGUCCUCGUCGAACAAAUGGGCUUGGCACCAGACCACGCUGCCACGCUCAUGCAAGCACAUGUGCUGGCCAUUUACAAAACACCCACCAACGCCAUGUAUGCCACCGUUGGCCAGGAAGGCAUUUGGACCGACGGGCACAUGCUUCGUCUCUUGACAUCCACCUUCACACGUGUGUCUGCUUAUGGGCAAAUUUACCCCUUGGUGUACAACCUUCCUGACGAUUACAUCAUGCGUUACGUCUGGCGCGCUGACGUGUCGCCCGCCGUUCUCGCGGCCGGCUAUUAUAGCCCUACCUUUUUCCUCAACCAUGACAUGCAUCCCAUCUUUCCAAACGUUUGGAACAUCCACGAGGAAGGCGUUACCUGCGGUCCUCUGUUUGAGCUGACCAGCAAAGGCACAUUGCAGGCGCUACCCCGAAACGCGUCCAGUUCUUGCGAGGUGGACGAGGAACAGGUGCAGCGUCUCAUCGAAUACGUCUCCCUUCCCGGUCUGUUUUGGCAAAAUUUCAGCCAAGCCAUCACAGCUCUCAGCUUGGUGGGUGUCAAUCAAUCAGAGCUUUUCUGCCCUUGUGGUGGAUGCAACCGCUCCUUCACCACCAACAUCCAGAACUUGGCCAGCAGUAGAAAUGAGGCAGUCCGACAAAAACCGUUUUCAGCCAUCAUCCUUGUUCUCGUGGCCAUGGCCAUCGCGCUGCUGCUUGAGCAGGAGCAUCAAUAG